AUGUGCAAAUAUCUGCACAAACACUCCCGGUGUCCCCCACCCACCCCACGGAGGAGCCUCGAUAUUGGAACUUUACACAGUAUCGACUGUCCGGAUUGCACCAUUUUGACUAGACCUCGUGCUGCUCCAUUGUUUCCGGACCACCGCACAAUGACCACGACAUCGAAGCCGCCCCUCGGGAGGAAGGAUUCCCAUACAACGAUUGAGGCAGCCGGUACGCCAGUCAACGGCUCGAGCAACACUACAGCACAACACUCCGGCGGUACUUCAGGUAGCCCGUCGAUCGUAUCCGGAUCCGCUGCGUUCGAAGCGCUCAAGAGCCGGUUUGGGGAGGCGACCGAUCUGGAGAUACUCGUCCACUGCAUGGGAGGCCCCCGAGUUUCUAAUAUUCCCGACAUUGCCAAGGAACUUUCCGAGCACAUUAUCGUCAUCUGUCUUGACUGCGAGCACUGGUCUGACAAUACUGACGAACAAACUGAAAUCGGUAUUGCCACCUUCUCCAGAAAAGAUCUGAGUCCUUUUGUCGCCCGGGGCGAGUUUGGCGACCACGGCGAGGACCUCUUGCAACGAGUCAAGUUCUACCUCCUCCGCCUGAUUGAGAGUGCUCAUCUGCCAUGCAUGAACCAAGCGUCUAGGGGUGUCAACGGCAAUCGGUUUGGUGAAGGCCGCUUCGUCACGAACAUCCAAGCUCACAAGAUCAUGGAGGAUCUCUUCGUCCAGCCCAUCAAAGGUGUACCCAGUGUCCAGGAAAACCAUCCCAUCAUCGUCCUCGGUCAUGACGUGCGCCACGACAAAGAAAAUUUGAAGGAGAAGUCCACCUCUUUCGACAUAGAGAGCUGUGGUACCGUUGUUCGAACGAUAGAUACGCAGGUGAUCGUGCGCGAACGUGGAUACUGGAUGGCGCCGCACAAUGAGCAAAUUGGGCUCACUAAUCUUGUGAAGGAACUCUGGUUCCAACAUAGUGAUCCCCACACUGCGAGCAAUGAUGCAGCUCGCACUUUGAUAUGCGCAUUUCAGAUGGCCCUCGGUGGGCACGCGUGCAAGGACGAGGCCGAAAAAACCAUGUUGGAGGUUGCCAGCGGAAUCGAGAAGUAUAGCGUCGAAAACUUCACAUCUAUCGGCGGCGUCAAGGAAUACUGCUGGAGGUGCGGUAAUUCUGGCCACAUGAAUGCCGCGUGCACGGCGACGGGCCUCGUAUGCAACGAGUGCGGGACAACAGAACCAGGAAAGGAACACGUUACCUUGCAUUGCCUGCCUAAAGCCAUAGAGAACGCUCAAGCACGUCGUAAACGAGAUGCUGACAACCGUACCAUGAGGGCCCAGAACGGAACUGGGAGAGCCCGGGGCAGAGCUGGGAGGCCCCAGGACAGAACCGGGAGAGUUGCACCUACAACUGCGAGUCGCGAUUUUCAAUCGUCCCGGUCGACCAGGAGUAUCUCCACAGUGGUUGCCAAUCGGAGCCAAUCUGGCUGUGGAGAAUACCCUUCCGCUAGAGACCAUGGAGGACACUCUUUCUUUGGAGGCAGUGGAGGACACCCUUCCCAUGCAGGCCAUGGAGGCGGCUCCUAUAUACCUCCCAUAGACAGGUCCCAAUCCCGUCAGGCGGAGAACAACCAGACACCCGUCAGGAGGCGCUACUGGAGGCCUCGGGGGCGAAACCAAGGGAACCCUCAAUCCUAG